AUGGUAGAGCUAGCCACGACUGCCAGGGAUCAUGGAAGCAGCAAUUACUCCCUAACAAGCAAAAAAAUCGAUGAGAUAUUCGCGCUUUUCGGGAUUAAGAAGAGUGAGCGGAUAGACCCACUUAUCACCGAGCUGUCCGGUAUAGAUAGCGGAAAGAGGAAAUCGACGCGACUGGAGCUGGGUCUCUCUCUGGCCACCAGUUCGCAAAAUCAUGGAAACCUAGGACAUUCUCGCUACUCCAAUCAUCAAAGAUCUGUACAUACUGAAACCUCGUACACAGAAGGCCCUGCAUCAAGUUGA